CACAUGUGCGCCCCCGCCAUGCAUGUGUGUCGUAGGGCUGAAGGCGGUGGAAGCGAUCGCCGAAGCUUGGCGUUGACGCCUGACGCCAAACUUCCUCAAUCACGUUGCGCCUGCACAACUGACACUCUCAACGUCGAUAGUCACGACUCCUCCUCUGAAUUCGCCCCUUUCGUAACAGAACUCUCCUUCAUGGAUCUACUACUCCCGUAGAACUCCACACGCUGCGCCUGUAACAGGCAUACGACGCCACGAUCACGACUCCCCGCCGCACUCCCACCAUGUCUCAACCACAGUCGAAAGCGCUCACCAAGCGCGAUGUGUCGACCGCUCUCAUGCCACCGCCUCCCGCACCAAAACGAAUAAAGCGACCUUCUAUCGUUCUCGACGAAGACACUUACACGUCCGCCAUCUCCCACAUCAUCCGCCGCGACUACUUUCCUGGUCUGGCGGAAACAGAUGCACAGCGCGACUACCUGAGCGCAUUGGAUAGCAAGGACAAAGGAUGGAUCAGAGAAGCAGGCAAGAAGCUGACCGAGGUCAUGACGCCUGUUCCCAGCAGAAGGGCGAGGGCAACCAGGUUCGAGAGCAAAGGUGCGGACGGCGGGCGGACACCAAGCGUAUGGGGCGCAGACACCCCGCGGACGCAAGCUGGCGAAGAAGAAAAAGAUGACGGCGAAGAAGGCUUGGGAAAGUUGGACCAUGUAGACCUGGACAUGGGCCUCGGAGCCUUCCAGGCAAAGUACACCUCUGAAGACCAAGAAAGCUUCAACCAGAUCCUCGACCGCGCAAACAGAAAGCGCUUCGAAAAAAAAGCCUGGCUUCACGACGGCAACAAGUACGCCUCCAAGCAGCGCCUCGCCCAGCAAAGAGUCUUGGAAGCCUGCACCCCCUCAACAGCUACAGACCUCGUCGUCCGCCCCUCCCAGGACCUCGACGUCGACCGCCCUGCCGCCCCAAACACCCACAAACACACCGCCUUCAACACCCUCAUGUUCCGCCCAGACAGCGUAGAAGCCUGGGCCCCGACCCGCGCUCAGCACGCCGAAGACGCCUCCCUCGCACCACCGAAGCGAGUCCUCCACCAUAACACCCGCCUCCCUGUCCACGACGCAGCGCCCGCGCGCCCACCCAGCCCCACGCUGUCCGCCGUCCGCGACGCCAUUGCCGGCCGACCGCGUCUGUCAGCCAGCGAGGGCGGAUACACUGGCAAUGAGACGCCGCGCGUGAACGGGUACGCGUUCGUAGAUGCGCACCCGCCGUCCGACGACGACGAGGACGACGCACCGACGGAUCUGCUCGAGCGGUUCGGGGCAACAGGCAGCACUGCUACGCCAUUCACUAUGCACGACGCUGCGCCCCGGGAGCAAAUGCACCACAGGAUGGUCGACAAGAUAGCCUCCUCGCGGCGGCCUGAGUCUGCUUCCGCUUUCGCAGCGAGCACGAGUACGAGCAGCUUGGGACAUGGUCUGGGCAUCUUCAAGGGCGAGGCGAAGACGCCGCGGUUCGUAUCGGCCCCUACGCCGGCGAUGAGGGCCGCGAUGACGCCUGGGGCGCGGAACGCGGGGGCUUUGACGCCCGCGGCGCAGAGGCUGUUUGAUAGGAUGGGGAGUACGCCGAGGGUAGGGUCGAGAGGUGGGUUUGAGGGCGGGGGCGGGGGUGGCAGGCAGUGGGCUACGCCGACGCCGAAGGUGAAAAGGCGGGUGUGAGGGCAGGUGGAGGGAUGGUGGCUCGAUUGUUCUUCCUUUGAAUUGAUACCCCGUAGAUUCACGACUUGAAAUGAAUGAAGAGGCGCUUCCAAGGAAUUGAGUUGCCUUGGCCUUCUUGAGCACGUCCACUCCGUUCUCGCCAGCACGGCAUCACACCUCAGACGACUGACACAUGCAUGCAAUCCUUGAACAAUAACAUUAUACAAUCGCCCUACAAGGCUACACCGCACUAUCAGGAGACCAAUGCCAGAGCUCCCCUUCGAUUGU